ACUUCUCUCAGUUGAAGUCGACUUUCUCAUCAUCAUAGCAGCUGCCUUGUGGCUGAUUGUAAUCUCUUUUUUGCCGAUCAAAUUGUGGUUCCCAACAUGUUUCGGAUAUUUUUCUGUGAUAAAUCAUCAUCAAUUACGAGACAACUAAUAGGUGCAGUGAAAUCUCGUCCGCCAACAUGCCUUUUGGCUAGUUCUAGGAACUUGUCGACAGUGAAAUUGUCCUACAAUGUGUUUGGCGAGCCGGAGAGCGACACUCCACCUGUUGUUAUCAUGCACGGCCUCUUCGGUUCAAAGCAAAAUUGGCGGAGCAUAUCUAAAGCACUUCAGGCUAAAUCCCGACCACCUCGACAGAUUAUAACACUUGAUGCCCGGAACCAUGGCGAUAGUCCGCAUAGUCCCGAACACACUUAUUCCCAUCUUGCAGCCGAUAUCGCAGCUUUUUUAAAAGAGAUGAAUAUUCCCAAAGCGAUUGUCAUUGGUCAUAGCAUGGGCGGACGUACUAUGAUGUAUUUGGCGCUAAAAUAUCCUGAACUUGUCGAUAGAGCUGUUGUAGUGGACAUAUCACCAAAAAAUGAGGGUCGAAGCUUCACAGGAAUGGCAAAUAUAUUCGAGGCGAUGCAGACAAUUCAAGUUCCUCCAAAUUUGAGCAUGAGCCAGGGUCGGCACCAGGUAAAGGAACAUCUUCAAAAGGCCGGAAUUGAUGCAGCAACUAUUGAUUUUCUACUUUUGAAUCUCAGAAAGAGCGAAGAAAAGGGCUUCUAUUGGGUAGCAAACGUACCUGCACUACAAAAAUACUUUGACAAUAUCACUCAAUUUCCAUUAGAUGAACUAAAUUCUGCGACAUAUGGAGGCCCCGCUUUAUUUAUUGCUGGUCGUAAGUCAGAUUUCGUAAGUGAAAAUCAUUUGCCUGCGAUCAAGGCUUUAUUUCCUAAUGCCCAACUGGUGUGGCUUGAUACCGGCCAUUUAGUUCAACUGGAAAAACCAGCCGAAUUUAUAUCGUUAGUAUUGGAUUUUAUCAAUACGAAGUGACUGGGAUAGAUCUCAUUAUUUUUAAAGAGAGCUUCCGUUGUAAUGAAGGAAAAUGUAGAUAUAGUGUAGCAAAUUUUUUCCCAAAUCAUAAAGAUUAUAUGCUAGGAGGUGCUUAUUAACAAUAGAAAUAUUAAAUUAUCGAAUUUAUUAUGAUAA